CUGAAAACCUGUGACCAGCAUGCUGAAAGAAGAGACCAGCGGGGCUUUUAGCUGCACGAUCAGACUUCUUACUAACCUGAUGGAUCGUUAAACAAACCAAACAUGAGGUUCUCGAACUGGGAAAACAAACUUAAACUUUGUGUCUUGAGUACUUUUCUUUAGUUCGAUUCAAUCGCACAUACAAGUCGAACUCAAUCGUAAAAGUGGUAUCAGGCUCGUUAGUUUCCGCAUACUCAAGAAUCAAGAUAACAGAUCAAGGCAGUUGAAACAUUCAAGAAGGAGCAUUCUCAGCAAGAAGAGAGUACAGAUCAAGGUUCGAAACUUAUCUGUAUUAUCUGUGUGUUGUAGAGGAUUCUUGAAGCUUGUUCGUCAGUAGCUGUAGCUGGAUCUGAUUUGAAGCGUUCUAUGGAAAUGUGCUUAUAAGUUAUAACCCCACCCCCCCCCCCCCCCCCCCCAAAAAAAAAAAACAAUUAUUGUGGUUUAUUUGUCGUCUGUUUUUUUUCAUACAUCAAUCAUGACCAACCAUCUUAACUUUUAUUUUUGUGUCCAUGUUUAGAGUGGUUGUAAAAGUGUUUUCGGCAUAAUUUCAAUUUAUUUGAAAUGAAAACUAAGUAAUACAAGGGAGAUCUCACUGAUUACUCAUCGUUGAAACAUUAUACGAGAGAUUAGGACUUUCUAAGGUUUUUGUUGUGUUUCUUUUUCUAUACGUAAAUUAGGUUUUAGUAUUUUUGCCUUUUUGUUUUAUGUUAGAUUAUAUAUUUUUUUAAUAUAUAUACAAGGGUCGAUCUCUUAUGAUCAAAUUAGGGCUUUGAGUAAAAUAUGGAGCCAAAAGAAAAGAAGAAGAGGAAAACACGCUACCGAAAGGGAAGAACACAAUCGAUUCCUACCGACCUAACCAUAGAGAUACUCUCAAGGCUGCCUGAGAAAUCUGUUGCUAGGUUCAGUUGUGUGUCCAAGCUUUGGUCAUCAAUCACCUCCGACCCAUCUUUCCCACGGCCGCGCCUUCUACUCUGUUUCCAAAAAUAUGACGACUCGGACUUGUAUGUUUCCUCUAUUCCACAACACACUCAGAACUCGAACAGGUCCUACUCUUCUUCUCUGUCUUUUGAUCAUCAUCAUAUGAUGAAGCUCCCAAGUUGUUAUAAUCGGUUCUCAUCUAAGGAAUCUGUCCAUGGCUUGAUCUGCUUUCAAGAAUCAGAAAACCCGAUAGUCUGGAACCAUAGCACGAGACAGUUCAUAGCUUUACCAAUUUUACCCAUACCAUGUAAGGACUGGAAAAAGACAACACUGUUGUUAGGAUAUGAUCCCAUUGAAGGUAAACAUAAAGUAGUGUGCCUUCCCUUUAAAAGGACUUGUUAUGUGUGUCGAGUUUUUACAUUGGGAUCAGCUCAAAAAUCAUGGAGAAAUGUCAAAACUAAUAUUACGCAUCGUCCCACCAGUGAUACAUAUGAGCGAUACAUCGAGGGUGUGAUAUAUUAUCUAGCAUCUGGUGUUGUAAUGAGCUUUGAUGUCAGAUCUGAAAAGUUCGAUAUGAUAAAACUACCUUCGGGAUACUUUUCGGGACUGCUGAUAACAUAUAAGGGAAGGUUGGCUUUUCUUAGUAGAAUGAGUUAUAGAACAAAAAAUAGAAGAUUAUGGAUUUUGGAGGAUGCACAGAAACACAUAUGGUCGGGACAAGACUUUCUUUCACCUUUUGCUGAUUUAGAUUAUCUGAGUUUCAAACUAACAGGUUUCACUCAUGUUGGCGAGUUUAUUUUUGUUCCAACAAGGCGUAGCCAAUCGUCUUAUAUUUUACUAUGCGAUCCGGUGAAAAACAGCUGGAGAAAAUUUGAAUUUAAGGGAUUAGCAGACCAGGUAUCUCUCCAUAAUGAACACCGACCUUAUGCGCUCCAUGUUUUCCCGAAUCACAUUGAUAGUCAAGUGUCUUUGUAACAGUUUACUGCUGUUUUCGUUUUUCCUUUGAAUGAUAUUCUUAUGCAACUUUGGCUCUCAACGUCUCUACAAAAUAUGACUAAAUCUCUGCUGUUCGACUUAGUCGUAAAAGCUUAUGCAACUUUGGCUCUCAACGUCACUACAAAAUGUGACUAAAUCUCUGCUGUUUGACUUUGUCGUAAAAGCUUUAUCUACUCAUUCAAGUUUCGACUCGAAUUCGCUGUCAACUUACUUUGAAGAAUUAUCAUGUUUAAUUUUUUUUGCUGUUGUAGUUUGUUUUUCUUUUUCAAGAAGAUGCUUAAUUCCCUCUUGUGAUUGUAGUCCAAGAGAUUAAUCUAAUGAAAGCAAGUUGUGUUAAAAAAAAUUCUUAUGCAACUUUAUGAUAUUUUUUAUAGUUAUAUUUUUCGAGUCUUUACUUUGAUUCUAUCUAUACAUUUAAGCAUAGAAAAUAAUUUGAAUAUAGUUUCUAGUUAUACAGAAAAGGCAAAAACACCAAAAUCGAAAUUAAAAUGGAUUAGUAAUUGUUUUCUUAUUCGGAAACACAACAAAACUGAAACCAGUUUUCAAAACACAAACUAAAGAAGAAGAUAGUAUUCCUCGCUAAAACGACAACUAAACCGCAUUAGUUUUACCACAUAGGCGAUAAGAUAGAUGGAUAGACAAUGUUAUAUUUUUGUUUCUUUUCCCUCAAGGUUUAGAGGCACAUGUCAUAACAUGCGACUUGAACGUUUCCAACUCUGC